GAAUGUUCGUACAAUGUGGGAUACCGGGAGAGCAUUCCAAAUUGCUGCAGAAAUGAGAAGAUACAACCUAGAGGUACUUGGGAUCAGUGAAACACAUUGGACACAAGUUGGACAACAACGACUAACUACAGGAGAGCUCCUGUUAUACUCCGGCCAUGAAGAAGAAAAUGCACCACAUACACAAGGAGUUGCAUUGAUGCUGUCCAAACAAGCGCAAAAUGCGCUUAUAGGAUGGGAAUUUCAUUGACCAAAGAUCAUCAAAGCCUCCUUGAAAACAAAGAAAGAGGGCAUUUCAAUGAACAUCAUCCAAUGCUAUGCGCCUACCAACGACUACAAUGAAGACGCUAAAGAUCAAUUCUACAAUAGGCUGCAGUCAAUCAUCGAGAAGUGCCAAACAAAGAACCUGACCAUUCUGAUGGGAGAUUUCAACGCCAAGGUUGGAACGGACAACACUGGAUAUGAAGACAUCAUGGGACGACACGGACUGGGAGAAAGAAACGAAAAUGGUGAGAGAUUUGCAAAUCUAUGUGCCUUCAAUAGGCUGGUCAUAGGCGGCACCAUAUUCCCACAUAAACGCAUGCACAAAACCACAUGGACUUCACCGGAUCACUCUACACAAAACCAAAUCGACCAUAUUUGCAUCAACAAAACGUUCAGGAGGAUUAUAGAGGACGUGAGAACCAAGAGAGGAGCUGAUAUAGCAUCAGAUCAUCACUUACUGGUCGCCAAGAUGAAAUUGAAACUCAAGAAGCACUGGACAACGGGGCAGACAGUAUCACAAAAGUUCAAUACGGCCUUUCUCCAGGAUACUAACAAACUCAACAAAUUCGAGAUAGAUCUCAGCAACAAGUUCCAGGCCUUUCAUGAUCUACUCAAUGGAGAAGGAACUACUGUGGAGAGCAACUGGAAGGGGCAUCAAAGAGGCAAUCAAUUCAACAUGUCAUGAGGUUCUGCGCCACAAGAAGCACCAUCACAAGGAAUGGAUCACUGUCGAUACACUGGAUAAGAUUCAAGAAAGGAGGAACAAGAAGGCAGCGAUCAAUACCAGCCGAACAAGAGCAGAAAAAGCCAAGGCACAAGCUGAAUACACGGAAAUAAACAAACAAGUGAAGAGGAGCAUCAGAACCGACAAACGUAAAUAUGUGGAAGAUUUAGCAACGACGGCGGAAAAGGCUACAAGAGAAGGAAACAUGACACAACUGUAGGACAUAACAAAGAAACUCUCUGGAAAUCACCGUAAACCAGAACGACCAGUGAAAAGCAAGGAAGGCAAGGUAAUCACCAACAUUGAAGAGCAACGAAACAGGUGGGUAGAACACUUCAAAGAACUGUUGAAUCGACCAGCUCCACUGAACCCACCCAACAUCGAAGAAGCACCCACGGACCUCCCAAUCAAUGUUGGCCCACCAACAAUUGAAGAAAUCAGCAUGGCAAUCAGACAAAUCAAGAGUGGCAAAGCGGCAGGACCAGACAACAUCCCAGCAGAGGCACUAAAAGCAGACAUACCGACAACUGCAAGGAUACUCCACAUUCUCUUCAGCAAGAUUUGGGAUGAGGAACAAGUACCAACAGACUGGAAAGAAGGACUUCUGAUCAAAAUACCGAAGAAAGGCGGUCUCAGCAAGUGUGAUAACUACAGGGGCAUCACUCUUCUCUCAAUACCGGGAAAAGUCUUCAACAGGGUAUUGUUAAACAGAAUGAAGGACUGCGUAGACGCCCAACUUCGUGACCAACAGGCAGGAUUCCGUAAGGAUAGAUCGUGUACAGACCAAAUCGCAACUCUACGGAUCAUUGUGGAACAAUCAAUUGAAUGGAAUUCAUCACUCUACAUCAACUUCAUUGACUACGAAAAGGCAUUUGAUAGCGUGGACAGAACAACACUAUGGAAACUUCUUCGAUACAAAGGCGUGCCUCAGAAGAUAGUCACUAUCAUACAGAGUUCAUAUGAUGGAUUAAGCUGCAAAAUCGUGCAUGGAGGACAGUUGACAAAGUCGUUCAAAGUGAAGACCGGUGUUAGGCAAGGUUGCUUACUCUCACCCUUUCUCUUUCUCCUGGUGAUCGACUGGAUCAUGAAAACGUCAACGUCCGAAGGAAAGCGCGGGAUACAAUGGACAUCUAAGAUGCAGUUGGAUGAUCUAGACUUCGCAGACGAUCUGGCCCUUCUAUCCCAAACGCAACAACAGAUGCAGGAGAAGACGAACAGUGUGGCAGCAGUCUCAGCAGCAAUAG